AUGGUCACCAAGACGAUCAUCGCCCUGGGGCUCCUGGCCACCUUCUGUGCUGUAGCAAUGGCCGCCCCUGAACCAGGCGGCAGAUAUGGUGGUGGUGGAUAUGGUGGAGGUGGUGGAUAUGGUGGUGGUGGUGGUGGUGGAUAUGGUGGUGGUGGUGGUGGAUAUGGCGGCGGAGGAUACGGUGGUGGUGGUCAUGGAGGUGGAGGAUAUGGGGGCGGCUAUGGUGGUGGAUAUGGGGGAGGUGGAUACGGUGGCGGCGGCCGUGGUGGUGGACAUGGAGGUGGAGGCUAUGGCGGUGGUGGCUAUGGAGGCGGCGGAUACGGAGGCGGUCGAGGUGGAUAUGGUGGUGGUGGAUAUGGAGGCGGCGGCUAUGGUGGCGGAUAUGGAAAGUAA